AUGAGCAUAGCAGGGAAGAGCGCUUUGUUGAGCAAAGAUUCAAAAAACCUUGAAGAAAUCGCAAAGAGGGAAGGAGUCACUUCCAGAGCAGCUGGGCAAGCCGUCAACUCUGCUCUUUUCGUCUCUAGCUCAAAAUAUCUCAGUGAUCUCUUAAAACAGCGGGAUUUUUGCGAGCGUGAGUGCUUUAGCCAGAAUCGCAGCUCUCUCGAUUGCUCGAAAUUCUUGAGCUCAAAGUCGCGCAACCCGAACCAAUGCAUCGAAUCUAUUCUCUACAUUCCGUUGGCAAUCGUUGUUUUGUCAUUGAUUCUGCAGCUAGUCUACGGGCUCAUCUCGGUCGGAAAACAACGAGGAAUUCCAUUGGUCGGGGAUUUCUCCUCGAAAAUCCCAGCUGUAGCUAAGCUCGGGAAAAAGUGGCUGAAGGCUGAGAUGUGCAUCACUCUGCUUAUCAGCAUUUUUAACUUUGCGAUUGGUGCUUUUCAACUUUCGUCUUAA